AUGCCUUCCCACCAGGCCGUCUCUGGCGAUCUCGCCAUUGACCCCAAGUUUGUGUCGCAGCCCUCUCCCAUGGCUAGCACCUCGGAGCCCAACCGCGACCCCAAGUACGACCCUAAGAAGCCACACAUCGCCGACACGCCCCUCACAAGGGCCAACUGGCACCAGCACGUCAACUGGUUCAAUGUCUUCGCUAUCAUUGGCAUCCCUAUGGCUGGUUGCGUCGCUGCCCUCUGGACACCUCUACAAUGGAAGACAGCCGCAUGGGCCGUCAUCUACUACUUCUGGACCGGUCUCGGAAUCACCGCUGGUUACCAUCGUCUCUGGGCACACAAGUCGUACAACGCCUCCUUGCCAUUGAGCAUUUUCCUCGCUGCCGUUGGCGGUGGUGCCGUCGAGGGCUCCAUCCGCUGGUGGAGCCGUGACCACCGUGCCCAUCACCGUUACACCGACACCCCCAAGGACCCGUACAGUGUCCGCAAGGGCCUUCUCUACAGCCACAUUGGAUGGAUGGUCAUGAAGCAGAACCCCAAGGCUAUCGGCCGCACCGACAUUACCGAUCUGAACGAAGACCCCGUUGUCGUCUGGCAGCACAAGCACUACGUCAAGGUCCUCCUCACCAUGGGCCUUGUCUUCCCUAUGGCUGUUGCUGGACUUGGUUGGGGUGACUGGCAAGGUGGUUUCAUCUACGCUGGUAUCCUGCGCAUCUUCUUCGUUCAACAAGCUACCUUCUGCGUCAACUCUCUCGCUCAUUGGCUCGGCGACCAGCCAUUCGACGACCGCAACAGCCCCAGGGAUCACGUCAUCACCGCCCUUGUCACCCUUGGCGAGGGAUACCAUAACUUCCACCACGAGUUCCCCUCCGACUACCGCAACGCCAUCGAGUGGCACCAGUAUGACCCUACCAAGUGGUCCAUCUGGCUCUGGAGCAAGCUCGGCCUCGCCUCCAACCUCAAGCAGUUCCGCGCCAACGAGAUCGAGAAGGGUCGUGUUCAACAACUCCAGAAGAAGAUUGACCAGAAGCGCUCCAAGCUCGACUGGGGUGUUCCUCUUGACCAGCUUCCUGUCAUCGAGUGGGACGACUACGUCGAGCAGGCCAAGAACGGACGUGGUUUGGUCGCUGUUGCUGGUGUUGUCCACGACGUUACCGACUUCAUCGCUGAGCACCCUGGUGGCAAGACUCUCAUCAAGAGCGGUAUCGGAAAGGAUGCUACUGCCAUGUUCAACGGUGGUGUGUACUUCCACUCGAACGCUGCCCACAACCUUCUCUCCACAAUGAGAGUAGGUGUCAUUCGCGGUGGUUGCGAAGUUGAGAUCUGGAAGCGCGCCCAACGGGAGAACAAGGACGUCAACAUCGCCAAGGACGAUGCUGGCAACGCCAUCAUCCGGGCAGGUAACCAGAUCACCAAGGUCCAGCAACCCGUCGCCAGUGCCAGUGCGGCAUAG